CAGCAAAACCUUUUGAAGUCUCAAAACAACUCGACCUCUCUUUCAGUUCUCUGCACUCUUAUCUUGGCAACCAGACAAAACUCCAUGAAAGACAACCCAAAAGACUCAGAAAACCUCUACUCAACAUGGACCUCCACAAAGGUAAAAUUAUGCUUCCUCCUCUUGAUCUCUUUCAGCUACAUCUCAUACUCUCUGAAAUAUCUCCACCCAUAUCUAUGUACCCAACAAUCUCAACUUCCCCAUUUCCAAUCCCACCCUUCCAUACCCCAAUCUGAUCCCACACCAACUCAAGAACCCAAAACAAACGUCUCCCACAUCGUUUUUGGCAUUGCUGCCUCUGCCAAACUAUGGCCUCACAGAAAGAACUACAUCAAACUCUGGUGGAGACCGGACCGAAUGAGAGGCCACGUUUGGCUAGACCAACCAGUAAAAACAGACCCUGAAUCCGAUCAUAACCUUUUACCGCCGUUGAAAAUCUCUGGUGAUACUACCGGCUUCAAAUACACAAACAAAAAAGGGCACCACCUAGCUAUUAGAAUCUCCCGGAUUAUUUCCGAGAGUUUCAGACUAGAAAUGAAGAAUGUGAGGUGGUUUGUGCUGGGGGACGACGACACCGUUUUUGUGGCAGAGAAUCUGGUGAGGGUUUUGCAGAAGUACGAUCACAACCAGUUUUACUAUAUCGGAGGAUCGUCGGAGAGUCACUUGCAGAACCUAAAGUUUUCGUAUAAUAUGGCUUAUGGUGGAGGUGGCAUUGCUAUAAGUUACCCUCUUGCUAAGGCACUAGAGAAAAUGCAGGAUAGGUGUAUUCAGAGGUAUCCUGGUCUGUACGGCUCCGAUGAUCGGCUUCAGGCGUGUAUGGCUGAGAUUGGUGUCCCUCUCACCCGAGAAAAAGGGUUUCACCAGUUUGAUGUAUAUGGGAGUCUGUUCGGCCUCCUAGCAGCUCAUCCAGUCGCACCCCUAGUGUCACUACACCACCUAGAUGUGGUUGAACCCAUCUUCCCAAACACGGACCGGAUCCAUGCCCUGCAACGGCUCGAGCUUCCGAUGAAGCUAGACUCUGCAGGGCUUGCGCAACAAUCCAUCUGUUACGACAUCAACCGGUCCUGGACCGUAUCAGUUUCCUGGGGCUAUGCAGUUCAAAUAUCUCGAGGUAUUUCCUCAGCUCGAGAAAUGGAACUUCCAACCAGGACCUUCGUCAAUUGGUACAAGAAAGCUGAUCAUGCUGCCUACCCGUUCAACACAGCCCCGGUCAAUAGGGAUGCAUGUCAAGAACCAGUUGUGUAUUAUUUGUCUAAAGCUAUCUACAAUAGGAGAACAAAUCAAACAACGACCGAGUAUGUUCAACAUCAAACGAAAAUGCCCGAAUGCAAUUGGAAGAUGGCAAAUCCCUCUAGGAUUCACAAAGUGCUUGUUCACAAAUCCCCCGACCCGCAUCUAUGGGACAAGUCGCCAAGGAGAAAUUGCUGCAGGGUGUUCCGACCAAAUAGAAAGAAGAAAGGCACCAUGGUCAUCGAAGUAGGAUUAUGCGAUGAAGAUGAAGUGGUUGAAGUGUCGUAAUUUGCCUUGACAGGCAAAACCUAGCUAGCGAUUAACACGGCCUAUUCUCACUUUUAUUUUAUCAUUUUGAUGAAGAUAAUUUUUUGUUACCAUAAACCAAUUAUGCACAAAUGUACGUGUUAGGCUAUAUAUAGAGCAUAAAUAAAUAAAUAAAGAGAAUGCAUUCACAGGUG